AUGUGCGUUCCUUCAGGGAGUACAGUGCACCAGUCUCUGGACGCUCUGGACCGCAUUCUCAACAUGACCAGCUUGGACGAAUCCGAAGGCAGGAUAGGGGAGCUUAGACAGCGGUGGAAGACGAGCGAACGGGAUCAAGCGGACUGGCAGGAUGAUGUGCGGCAGUCUAUGGCGCGCUGGAGCCUGCAACGGGCACGUGUUGAGGAGGAGAUUGUCCGGCGGCAAGAGGCCAGCCGCUACGCCUCCCCCGUCCCCCGGUUCCUGACCCCCGAGCAGUCGCGAGAGCGGGGCCUCUACCGACCAGGCCUGCGAAAGGAGGCCUCUCGCGAGUCGCUCGAGUCGGGGGAGAGCAGCGGCAACGAGUCCGACUGCUCCGUCAGCAGCCGGCGCAGCUUGUCGCCGUACCGGGACAAGCCCAGCAUCUGCAACGGGUACCGGCCUGCGGGACAGCCGUACUGGGUUGGGCUGAAAGUUUUCGUGGACUCUCUCUUCUUCCACUCCCACGAGGACUUAGCCAUCGUCAGCUUCCUGAUGUGCGGCACAAUCGUGGUACUUCCGAAACCAGAGAGUACUGGGACCUUUGGACUGUUUGGUUUCUUGGCUGAAGAGGGCGCGCUCUGGCUGCAGGUGCGGCAGCGUCCCUUCUCGGCAAGCGCAGUUCCCGACCGCCGAGCGACCCUGAACGAAGCGACCAACCUCGUUUCUGCUUUCAAAAGACGCGGAAUCCGCAUCUCGGAAGAAAGGGCCACGCGUGCGCUCCUAAUACCUACUGACAAGCCUUACGAGGACUGCAUAACCCGGCUGCCAAAACCAGGGGCGUAUCUGACUGCCCGGCUGUCGACAGAUGUGUCGUCAAGAGACAAGGGGAAGAAGAGCCCCAAAAAGGGGAAGAAGAAGGGUUCUGGAGAGAAGAAAAAGGGCACGAAGAAGGGCAAAAAGUAG